UUAAAAGGAGGAAAAAAUGAAAAUAAAUAAAAAGGGAAAACAAAAAAGAAAGAAAAAACAAAGCGAACAGCUCUGUUCAUUUGCUCCGUCUAGGGUUUUUAUAUACUCCCAGUUCAUUUCAGAAGAGAGUUGAGGUUUCUCCAAAGCUACUUCGAGAAAUUUGAUACUGCCAGAAAUUUGAAUCGGGAACCCUUCAACUGUAUUUCUUAAUUUUGGGAUGGGGGACGCUGAAUCUCUUCAACCAUCAAAGAAAAGGGCUGCUGUAAAGGAAUUAUCGCGAGAUAAUCCUGGUCUUGAUGAUGAUAAUGAGUCAUCUGAGCAGGAGAGUGGAACUUUCAAGAGAGCAAGUGAUGAGGUGAUGGCAAGUAGGAGAAUUGUCAAAGUCCGUAAAACGUCAUCGACUACAACUACUCUGUCUUCUAACCCUUUUGCGGGGAUUCGAUUUGUUCCACCUACUGAUGCCAGUACAACUCCUGCUGUGACCACAACUGAAGCUGGGAGUGGGGCAACAACUUCCAAGAAACCAGAAGAAUCAAAUGAUCAAAGUGAGGCAACUAAAGAGGAAGAAACUUAUGUGAAUAGAGAAGCUGAUCAUGAGAAGGAAACCGAUGGAAAAUCUAAGCUACCAGAAAACAGAUCUGAUGAGUCCAAAGCUGACGAAAAUGUUGAUAAGGAGAAAGUUGAUAAUCCCAAUGAGCCUAACAUACCUGAAUCUACUGAAAAGAAGGCAGCGGAAAGUGAGAAAAUUGAAGAUGAUACUAAGGCAGCCACAGUAGUGGAAAAGAUUACAAAUGACGUAGAAGUGGAAGGCAAUAAGACCGAGAAUGAAGAGGAAAAACAUGUGGCCAAUGGAGAAAAUGAAAAGGGUGCUGAAACUGCAUCUUUUAGCUCGUUCCAACAGCUCUCCAGUAGCCAAAAUGCUUUCACAGGACUUGCAGGAACUGGGUUCUCCAAUACUACGUUCUCGUUUGGAGCUAGUUCGAAAGAGGUAUCUCCACUUGGAUCUGUCUCUCUCUUUGGAGUAAAAAGUGACCAGUCACCUUUUGGUCUUAAUCUUUCCACUAAUGGAAAUGCUUCUCUGUUUGGUAACUCUGGGUCAUCCAGUGUUAACAAGGGCGAGGGAAUUGGUAUUCCUUCCAUGCAAGAGGUUCCUGUUGAAACAGGGGAGGAAAACGAAAAGGCUAUCUUUACCGCUGACUCUGCGCUGUUUGAAUUUCUUAAUGGAGGGUGGAAGGAGCGUGGGAAGGGAGAGCUGAAGGUCAAUAUUUCUUCAACUGAGACUGGAAAAGCUAGACUUGUUAUGAGAACCAGAGGUAAUUACAGGUUGAUUUUGAAUGCUAACCUUUAUCCCGAAAUGAAGCUCACAAAUAUGGAUAAAAAAGGCGUCACUUUUGCUUGUAUGAAUAGUGCUGGUGACGGGAAAGAUGGACUUUCAACAAUUGCCUUGAAGUUCAAGGAUGCCUCUAUUGUUGAGGAGUUUCGAGCUGUUGUGAUGGAACAUAAAGAUAAGAUGCCAGGCUCUUUGAAGACACCACAAAAUUCUCCUUAAAUUUCAGAUGACUAAUAAUUAUGGCAAAGAUGCAUAGAGAUUCUAUUUUCAUCACGAAACCCACCCUACGGUUUCCUACCCCCCCCCCCCCCUCCCCCCUGCAGAGUUAAAAAGGUAAGAGAAUAGUUUUGUCUAGAGAUGGAUAACUUGUAUUCUAUAUAGCAAAUGGAAUCUUCUCCACUAUGAUGUUGUCUAUCCCUUGUAUUUCUUCUCUUUUUUCCUUUACCUGUGGUUUAGCUGUCUUUUGUAUUGCUUUAUUUGCAUGAAUGGUAGACGUAGCUCUGGCCUUCGAGGUCAUUCUAUCAUUUUCUGAUA